ACAAGGCAACGCACCAACCAGAUAGAGGAGGAGGAGCAACAACUUCCAUCGCCCCGAGAAAACGAGAAACCGCAAGACAUAAAAGAAAGAGGAAUUGGAAGGAAGCAAGGAAGGGGAAGAAGCAUUGGUGUAAAUCAAUCCAUGGCGGACGACGCGGCGGGGAUGAGCGGCCGGCGUCUGACGCGGCUCCGGACGCUGGGGCGGGGCUCGUCGGGGGCCGUGGUGUCGCUCUUCGCGGCCGACGGCGAGCUGCUGGCGGUGAAGUCGGCGGCCACCGGCGGCGCCGCCCAGCUCCGGCGGGAGGGCGGCAUCCUCGCAUCCCUCUGCUCCCCGUACGUGCUUCCCUGCCUGGGCUCCCGCGCCGCCGCGGGCGGCGAGUACCAGCUGCUCCUCGAGUUCGCCCCCGGCGGGUCGCUCGCCGACGAGGUCGCCCGCAACGGCGGCCGCCUCGAGGAGCCCGCCGUCCGUGCCUACGCGGGCCACGUGGCCAGGGGCCUGGCCUACCUCCACGGGGAAUCCAUGGUGCACGGCGACGUCAAGGCCCGGAACGUCGUCAUCGGGGCCGACGGCUGGGCCAAGCUUGCGGACUUCGGCUGCGCGCGCCGCUGCCCCGGCCCAGGCCCAGGCCCGAUCCUCGGGGGCACGCCGGCGUUCAUGGCGCCCGAGGUGGCCCGCGGGGAAGAGCAAGGCCCGGCCGCCGACGUGUGGGCCCUGGGCUGCAUCAUCAUCGAGAUGGCCACGGGCCGCGCGCCCUGGGCCGACAUGGACGCCGGCUGCGGCGCGGCCGACGUUAUCUCAGCCGUCCGCCGCAUCGGGUACACGGACGCCGUGCCCGAGGCCCCCGAGCGGAUGUCGCCGGACGCCAAGGACUUCUUGGACAAGUGCCUCCGGCGCUCCGCCGGGGAGCGGUGGACGGCGGCGCAGCUGCUGGAACACCCGUUCCUGCUGGCGCCCGUGGAGCAGCUCAAGGCCAGAUGGGUAUCGCCCAAGAGCACGCUGGACGCCGCAAUGUGGGAAGAGUCGGACGACGCCGACGAGGACGUGUCGUUGGAUGAUGAUCGCACGGCCGAGAGGAUGAAGGCGUUGGCCAAGUCAUGCUCUGUCUUGCCGGACUGGGAGUUGUCCGACGAUGACGGCUGGAUCGACGUGUGGAGCAGCAGCCAAUCUGAAUUUACCGAUUCGACGGUAGCCUCGCCGGCGCCUGAGAAGAAGGCGUCCAGUGGAGAUCUUUGGGACAAAAUAUUAGAAGCAGAAGUAGUUGUACAACCUGAAGUCUUCGAUGCUGCCGCUCAGGUGGCCGCGCCGUCAGAGGAGACGACGAAAGACGUAAGCUUCUUGGAGGAAAUGUUGAUAUUAGAAGCAGAGAUAGGAGUAGUACAAGCUUCAGUGUUGGAAGCUGCCAUGCCGUCCGGAAACGAUGCAGGUUUUCGGGACGAAGGAUUGGUAGGAUUAGCAGAGAUGGACGACGGCGCCGAAGCUUUCGACACCGGCAGGCGUGUCGUCGGCGACGAGCUCGUGCAGAAUGUAGGAGUAGCUUCCGUGGAUGAUCAGCAGCACAAUGUAGGAGUAGCUUCUGUGGAUCAGCAGCAGGAAGAUAGUCGUGCAAGUUCGGAUUCCGCUAGCGAUCCGGUUCUAGUUGUUCGUGUAAAUGACGACAUUUGUGACGAAGGAAUAGUGAAGCCCUCGCCAAUGCCGAUUUUCCUCUACACCUCUUUUGCCCACCCCUGUCAAGUUUCUUCUUUCUUUCACGCAUGCAUAUUGCAUUCCCUUUGCAAAGCCCUCAACUCGUGA